CGUGUAAAGUGAGCGGAGUAUUUGGUGCGCUGCUUGCAUUUAACAUCAAUUUAAAAUAAGCUAGUUGCGGCCAAUUUGGUUCGAGUUGAAUUUUAGCCACUGUGAAGAUCGGUCCAACACUGAAUAGCACUUAGUGCGCGCGUUAUUUUUUCAAUUUCUGCGGUUUAAUUUCGGUCAUUGACAGUUUUCAUUCACUUUUCGUGUGCGUUUCUGUGUACCCAAAAGGGCAAAAAGUAACGACCGUUGUCAGUUAACAACUACCAUCGCCCCGCCCGCAACAACAAACGCCAACAAUAAUUUGUGUGCAUCCCAUUAAUUCAAUCGGAGCAAUUAUCAGCUUUAUAUCCGUUGUGUGUUGAUUACUUAAAGUUUGGCAACUGAGCAAUAAAUACUAAAAGCUAUCAAAAUAAACACAUAAAAACAAAAAAACAAAACCAAAAACAAAGCGCACAUCAAAAUGGCUGUUAUACUACAUGAAGUUUACGACUGGUACAGAGACCUCAUGGACAAUCGAAGUGAUCCACGUGUCAAAGACUGGCCCAUGAUGUCAUCGCCAUUCCCCACCUUAGUAGUCUGCGUAUUCUAUGCCUACUUCAGCAAAUCGCUUGCGCCGCGCCUGAUGGCGAAGCGAAAAGCAUUGGAUCUGCGCAAAAUACUCGUCUACUAUAAUCUAUUUCAGACAAUAUUCAGCGCGUGGAUUUUCUAUGAGUACUUAAGAAGCGGCUGGUGGGGUAAUUACAGUUUCAAAUGUCAGCCCGUCGAUUACUCCAACAAUCCAUUGGCAUUGCGCAUGGCACGUACUUGUUGGUGGUAUUACAUUUCAAAAUUCACAGAGUUCUUUGAUACGCUAUUCUUCAUAUUGCGCAAGAAAAAUGAACAUGUAUCAACGUUGCAUGUCAUCCAUCAUGGCUGCAUGCCCUUCUCCGUAUGGAUGGGCAUGAAAUUCACGCCAGGCGGUCACAGCACAUUCUUCGCGCUGCUCAACACCUUCGUACACAUUGUUAUGUACUUCUACUAUAUGAUCGCCGCAAUGGGUCCCAAAUACCAGAAGUUCAUCUGGUGGAAGAAAUACCUAACCACCUUCCAAAUGGUACAAUUUGUCGCCAUUUUCACCCAUCAGUUCCAGUUGCUGUUCAGAGAGUGCGAUUAUCCCAAAGGCUUUAUGGUUUGGAUUGGUCUGCAUGGCAUUAUGUUCCUGUUUCUAUUCUCUGACUUUUAUAAAGCCAAGUACACAAAUGCACGCGCUCGCAGCGCGGCGGUGAAAGCCAACAACACAAAUGGUUAUACCAAAUUACCUGCGUCGAAUGGCAAAUGCAUACCUGUCAGUAAUGGUGAUUUGUCCAAUCAUUUGGUGGCGUCCAACAACAAUAAGGGUGCUUGCAUGCCCGUUAUGGACGAGGAAACCGAGAGCAUCAAGCCCAAUCAUCACUUUACCAAUGGCUAUAAGAAUGGCUACGCUAACGGCCACGCCUUCAAAGAGGGCGAUGGUGUGCUAUCCACAAACGAUGCUAUACUCAAUCCGGACAGCAGUAGCUCUAGUCUACACCAGCGAAAAGUCAAAUAAAGCAUAAAGUGUAACAAAAGCAAGCAGAAAUAACCAGCAAAGAAUAGUUAGAACUUAAGUAUAUAUAUAUUAAUAACAAAAAAAAACACAUACACACAAAACAAAAUUGAUUAUUUUUUAUAUAUACAUAAAUUAUAUAUUUAAUAAUUUAAAUCGAGUAAAUAUGGAGCUUUUAUAUAUGUAUCUGUAUAUAUAUAUGUAUUUAAAAGUUGGAAAAGGAAACACAAGAAUUAAUUAUAAUUAUAAAUACUAUACAUUAUAGCAGCAACAAAGAAGAAUAUGUUCUAAGGUCAAGUACAUUUGUACAUACAUACAUACAUUUAUUUCUAGACCUAAUCUAGUAUCACCAAGUUGUUCAAACAAUUUGCAGUAGAUAUGUAUGUAUUUAAUGCAAAAGAAACAAAGAAACGUUUAACAAAACAAAGCGAAGUGCAGAAAACAUAUGUUUCAUUUAGGCAAAAGCAAAAACAAAAACAACACAAAAAUACAAAAACAAAAAAAAAACAAAAAAUUAAAAAAGAAAAUCAAAUUAAAGCAACCCAUAAAUUUUAUUUAAGUACAUUUAUUAGAUAUAGAAGAGCAACAAUUGCGCGCCGCUUUCUUGUAGAUUGAGGAGGAGGAGGAGUAGGAGUAGGGAGGGAAAGUAAAGGCGAAGUCAAACAAUUUAUUGUUAUAAAUUUGUAAGCUUUCAAAUGGUAUUUUACAUUCUCCACACGGCAUAAAUUAUGCAAAAAUAUCACAUAUAUACAAAUAUACAUAUAUGUACAUACAUAUAUAUGUAUAUGAAGAAACAGAACAAAGCGAAUCUUAAAGUUUUACGCAAACUUGGCAACAACAGGGAAAUACAUAAAUGUAAUAAUAAAAUGGACAUCUACAAAAACUAUUGUUAAUAUUGCUACAACUACAACAACAACCGUAUACUAUUAUUAUAUGCUACAAAGGCAACAACUACUAUCAAGCGACACUACUACCACCAAAAAAAGUUACAAUUAAAAUUCUCAUUUUCUUUUUUGUAUUAAACUCUACUACUUUAUAGUGCAGUUAUGCGCGUAAAUCACACGAUUGCAUGCGUGCACCCGACAACCAUAGCGAUUGCUGCGCAAUUAUGGCUAGUCGGCGGCGCGCAUGCGCAAUGUGCGUUUGUAUACAUUUACCUACCAAUAAAUUAGACUUAUGUAAAUGUAUUUAUAGCCAGUUAAUAAUGUAAAUUUUUUUAUAUAACCCAUCAAAGAAAAGUUCGAAAUAGUAACAAAAAAAAAAUAUUAAUAAUAAUAACAAACAACAACAAUGUCAAGUACACUGAUAGCACAGCAUUCUAUGUAUAUGUUGCAAAAUUUAAGUCAAGAAAACAAAGAAAUGAAAAUAAAAAUCAAAUAAGAAAAUGAUAUUUUGUAUAAAAACGGGCGAGGUAUUCCAUUUUGUGGACAAAUAAGUAACUGAUGAACAAACUAUAUUUAUAAAUAUGUAUGUAUAUGCCUAUAAAUAUUUACAAAUAUCACUACUUAGUUAGCUGCGUCCUAUUAAACAAUAUACUCGUUGUAUAUAUGUAUAUGUAUGUAUGUAUAUAGAUAUAUGUAUAUCGUACUCUAAAAUGCAAAAUAACGGUAACAGCAUUCUUCAUAAGUUUACUGACGAUAGAAAAACGUUAUAGCAAACACUCAUAUUGGAAGAAAAUUUGAUUUUGGUUAUAAUGGUUAUUAUAUCUGAAUGCGAUUUUAGAUUUUUUUGAUGAUAUGUGGUUUUGCAUUUUAGGUGACGAUAUACAUAUACAUAUGUAUACAUAUAUAUAAAUUUAUAUACUACAAUACAUGACAGACAGUGCGUGCGUAUGUGUAUAGUAAGUGGAUAAGUGCAAGCAUGUAUAUAUAAAUAUGUAUGUAUGUAGUUAGCAAGAAUGAAGUUUAUAUUUGUAGUUGAAUUAAUGCUUAAGCGCUAUUGUUCGUUUAUUCUCUUUAUUUUUAUUAAAACAUACUGAGUAUAAUGUAAAAAAAAGCUGUUAUUAAGCAAGAAAUUUUACGAAAUUAUUAACUGUAACUCUUAGUUGUUGUUGCAUUUUAAGCUUUUUAAUUCAUAUGACGUGCGUUAACGGCAGUUUUUUUGUUGUUUUAAUUUGCAAUUUGUAUUUUACACAAGCACACCAAUACAUACGUACAUUUACACGUCGUGUAAGCAAUAGUUUAUAUGCAUACAUACAUAUAUACUUUUAUAUAUACUUAUAUAUAUAAUAUACAAUAUACUUUAUAUAAUCUUCCUUUUGCAAGGGUUACUGGUAGUCAAAUUUUGUUUGUUUGUAUAUUCUCUUUUCGAAAUAUGUAUAACGCGUUAUUUUCAUUGAAAAAAAAAACAAAAACAACAAUGCUCUUUUGUACAACACACACAACCAUAUAUUAUACACACAUACGAGUAGAUAUGUAUUGCUACGCUUAAUUAUUAUUUGCAUACUUUUGUAAGGUUAAUGUGCCUAAUGUGUCUACUUUAUAAUGUACUUUUGUAAAGUUACUUAGUGGAAUUCUGUUUCUUUGAAUAAACUCAUGAAUCCAUACAGAAA